ACCGCCAUAGUCUUUUCCUUUACUUUAUAUUCUUAUCUAUAUCUGAUUGCUAUCCUGCUUGCUCCUUGUACAUUUGUGAUUCAAAGGCUGUUUGUUCACCUUCCCACUCUGCAGAAUCCAGAAUCCCACCAAACAAUACCUCUUCUGUAUGGAAACUAAAACUAAUCAGCAAUCUCUGAUACUUUUCUCCUUGAGUUGACAUUACAGUGCUGCAAACUCUCAACAAGUCUGUCUGCAAUGAAUCUCUGUUUUUUGAAUAUAUGUCACACAAGAGGUAUACUUUUAACAAUAUUUUUCCCUGCUGGUAUUCGUGGGUCUACAUGAGCUCUUUGUGGUCUCUGGUCCCAAUUAAAGGUGCUCUGUUAUUAUGUAUUUUGAUAUCUGCUCAGCCCGGAUGAUUAGACUCAGGUUUGCCUGAGGUGAGGAGGGUGAUACUGUAAGCCUGUGUUGGCUGUUUUCUGUUUCACACAAUUAUCUGAACAGUAUCUCUUCUCCCUUAAGCUAUGAAAUGCUGAUGUGAGAUGGCGUUUGAAUAUUCUGUAGGGUGUGUGUGUGCGCGCGCGCACACUCCCUGUUGAACCAUUUAGUGGGUGACAUAUGGAACUGUAGUCAGGAAUGUUACCCUGUGAGAAGAGGAAAAGAGCGAGAAAACAACAAUUGGAGGGGGAGGAGAUAGACGAGAGAGAGAGGCAGAGAGAGAGAGACAGAAAGAAAGAGAGAGAAGACAAGAGGAUAAACCAGUGUGGCAGGUUAGCGUCACUGUACACAGUCCAUCAUGCAAAGCUGAUGGAAAAGAGAAGAGGACGGGGAGAGAGAGAGGAGUUAGGAGCUGAGGUCAUUGCUAAGCGUUGCCUUCAGUGUGAACCCGGGUCAACAUUGUGUUCCAAGUACAGAAGGCCUGCUUAAAGAAGGCAAUGGGAGCUGUUCCCUGAAGCCGUGUUUGGGAACUGAAGAAUCCAAGGGACAGAACGACAAGAGAGGAGCCCAGCGGAGUCAUCUCUUCUAGACCACAAAGUGGAAAAUUAUCAGGAGCAUCACUAAAUAAUCAAACUUUUUAAUGGAUUUUUUUUUCCGUGCAAGAGUAUAAUGAAAAGACUGUGACUGUGCCACUGUUUCACUAGUUUCUACUCAGUAUUCAGAGAUACUGCUUCUUGGUUGCAGUCUCAAAGACAGUUGCUCGGAAAUCACUUAAAUAUCAAGCUCACCCUUCCACUCUCUUUUUGGGAUUUGGCACUUGACAGGUGGUCAUUAACUUUGUUUACUCACAGACAAUGGACUUGUCCUUGUUCCCUACUUCAGCGGGAGAGUGCGACAAGCAGAGAACAGGAGUACGCUUCACUGUCCGCUCAGCUAACUCUCCGUCUUACAGUCUAAAUCGCAGGCCAGGUGUUAGGAAACCCAGAGGAUUUUCAGAGAAGGCGAAGGAGAGCACUGAGGAAGUCAGAGAAAGACAAGGAUAUGCGACAUGCACUCGCACAAGCGGUACAAACGAAGAGGUGGAGGAUCGCACAGUCGCUGAUUAUCAAGCUAAGAGUAGGAGUCACAGCGGUGUCAAAGGUCAGUGUGAGGAGAAAGAAACCUCAGGCCAUAAAAUGUCUACCAAGCUGAUCCAGAAUUCCAUUGCAAGCAAAACAAUGACAGAGUUUGGCACUGACACAAGUGAAAACUGUAACCCUGCAUCUGAAAGCCGUGGCAGGACAGAAUGGAGGAGAUACAACCUGCCAAAUAGAAGUAAAAGUUUAGAUUGGAGAACAGGGAAAAGAAGUCCUGAUCGGGGAAAAAAGGCUGACUUGUUCGUGCUGUCAACCAAAACUGGAGGGGGCAUCAGCAAAGAGGCUGGCUGCUUGGAAGAGAGAAGGACCAGAUCUGAAGGCGUGAGAGGCAGGGUGAUGUCUUCGGUACAGGCCUACAAUACUGCCAGUACAAGUAAUGAUGUUCAAGAGAGAAACCCACUGAGCCAGGCUUUGAGCAGGGCCAGCAGGGGUCAUUCUCUCCCUUCCAGGUUUAGGGACCGCACUGUUUUCAGAGAGGAAGCUACUUCGUUUGGGUCCAAAGGAGGUCAGAGUAUACUGGAGCGAAUAAAGAAACUCUAUGAGUCAGCUAGUUUUGGUAAAACGGAGGACUGCAACAAAAUUAGGGACUUCUCCACCCCUGUAUCAUCCUGUCACAAAGAAAUAACCACAGACACCCUCACAUCGCCACAGCAGAGGUCGUAUGAGAAGGCAGCAGGGGGAACUUUCCCCAGGCGUUUCUCAUCGGAACAGAAAAGUAGCCUUAAUCCAGUGCAAAGCAGGUCAUCAUUCACCUGGACACAGAAAGACGCUUCAGAUUCUGGCGCUUCUCUUUCUCCAGAGACAAGAAGAACCAGGGAGAUUUUGUCAAGUGGACAAUGGCAAAGACUGACCUACGGCAAGUAUUCAGAAGAAAGGGAGGUUAACUGGAGUAGGGGAUCAGAGGAACUUGGUACAAGGUCUCUUGAUAGAUUAAAGAGCAGGUGCACUUCAGCACAUCAGAUAAGAUCUGCAAGGGCAGCAGCAGGAAUCACUGCACCUCCACAGUCGACAAACACUUUCUUAGAAGAAGAGAGAUCAAGAGAUAGAGGGGCAAGUGGGAGUGAGGAUCAGGGCAGGGUGAAUCAUGAAGAGGAAAAGGGUGAGACUAAUGGAAUAAAUAAGACACAGAGAGAAAGAACUAGGUGGUUCAAAGAAAAAGAGGAAGAGAAAGAGACAGCUGUUGUCGGAAAAGAAAAAAAUGAAUUGAGGAGUAGUGGCAUAGAUGAAGAUGUGUUUGAGUCAAACUUGCAAAAAAUCAAAAUGAAUACAAUUGAAAGGAAGAAAUUCCCUGAGGUGUUGUCAUUCCCCUGUGCAGCCAGUGUGAAAAAUAAGAUCAGUCAGUUUGAAGCUCUUACACAGAGAUCCCAGGCUUUGGCCACAGGACAGUACCUAAAGCCCAGACGCGCCUUUUCUGUGCCAGCACAACACAACAGGGUUCAUGACGGAGUGAAAAAGAGUGGGUCAGCAAAAGCAAUAGGUGGACUGAGAGACAAGUGGGACGGACUGAAAGAGGGCGUGGAGGGAGGUGAGAAAACUGAGGAGAAAGCGACAUCAUCAGGAAAGACGCUGGGGUCAGGAAGAUCUUUAUCAGUGGAUGAGGUUGGACUGAGAUUAGGGAGGAAAGGUCAACAAGGGGAUGCUUUGGUUGAGAAUGAAAGAAUAGAAACAGAUAGUAGCAACAAUUCUGCCCAAGAUUUUUAUAAAUAUUCCAGCCUCAAGAGCACACUGGAAAUCCCUCUAAAUGGAGGAGCUCAAAGACAGCUUAGGAGUGUUCACAUAGAUGAAACCGACUUCUGCAAAAUCUCAAGCCCUGAGGAGCCAAACAAGAGACCACCAUCCUUGCUACUGGUCAACUCUGGUGACGCUUCCAUUGGCGCGCAGAAAACAACACUUUCAUCGUCUUUUAAUGAAGACAAGACUCCUACAAACACUCCAAAUGACUCACCUUUUCUUUCACCUUCCACACAGCCAGAAAAUGCAACUCCCACUGCAGACAGUGAAAAUAAAAGCAUCUCUGUCCUCACACAAGCAGCCAGAACAUCCAAACAAGAUUCCCCACCUCUGCCUUAUCCCCUCUCCACUUCAUCCCACAGUAACCCCCUGGAACUCAUGUUAUCAGAGGUUAAUGCAGCCUGUCCGAAUAGAAAGAAAUGUGUGUUGGACCUGAAUGCCUGGUCAGCUGGCUUGAAUACAAAGUUUAAGGAGUGGAACAACGGUGAAGAUAACUUUGAGGAUGAUGAUGAAAGUACACAGAAGGAUGACGAUUCAAACUAUGAUUCAGACUCUGGAGAGUCAUCAGUGACCAUUACUAGUAACAUGAGCCAGUCAGAUCGCAGGAGCUUCUGCGUCAGUCUUUCAGAUCUGUGUAACUUUGCUGGAGUUGACUACGAGUCUGAGAAUGACAGCGAUGAGUGGCAAUCUACAGGCCGGUCUGCCUCGCUGAGCUCUGACAUGUCAGCCCUGUCCUGUGUGUCUGUGCUGCCCAGUGAGGAGCUCGACAGGCUGCUGGAGGAUGUCAGGAGCCUGGGGGACAAUAACCUGAAGAACUAUGAUGAUGUGCAGGUGGUGGUUCUCCACAAGGAGGUGGGAGCGGGACUGGGCUUCAGUCUGGCAGGAGGCGUGGACCAGAACAAGCCAGUCACUGUUCACAAGGUGUUUCCCUCAGGUGUUGCAGCCCAGGAAGGCUCCAUACAGGAAGGGGACCAGGUCUUGUCAAUCAAUGGCACAUCACUGUGUGGCUAUGUCCACUGGGAGGCCCUGAGGGUCCUGAGAAGAGCAAAGGCUCGGGAUUUAAGUGUGGUGGUCCUGAGGAAGGGGGGUGUUUGCACUACCUGUAAGGGAGGUACACAGACAAAUAAUCCUGGCCCAACACAGACUGAGUUCAGUGAGACAGGUCAGAGUGUGUGCGUGCAUCUGGAGAAGAACAGCAGGGAUCUGGGCUUCAGCCUGCAGGGAGGCGUGGGCUCCAGUGCGGAGAACAGACCACUCACUGUACAGAAGAUCUUCCAGGGAGGUCCUGUGGACAAGGUGUGUCCUGGUGAUGAGGUUCUAGAGAUUGGCGGUGUGAGCAUGGUGGGCAUGAGACGCCUCGAGGCCUGGACUUUGAUCAGAAAACUGCCCCCCGGGCCUGUGGACGUGGUGCUACGUCGCCCUCUUAAACACCCGGAAACAUGAGGAUUACAUUGAGGUGCUUUGCACCCAGUAAAUUUCAGUUCCAUUCAUAAGCAGUGACGGAGAACUUCACGUGGAUAGAAUGAGCUAUUUGGGCUUAAUCUUGGUUAUUUUUUUAUAACAAAGACCAAAAGGAAGUAUAAUCUUGGAGACCAGGUCAAAACUGUGUAUAUUUAUUCACUUUAUGUACAAGAUUACAUCUACCUCAAGGCCUGGAAUAUUUCUGUACCAGCCAUAAAUAAAGUGCACUGAUGGCUCAUACUCUUUUCAAGUGAACCAACCUCUGAAACAGACAGUCCGAUCAGUUAAAAGCUAGCUCUUUGGGAUCUGUAAAUGAAAACACAUGUUGUAACAUAUUGUGAAUGGAAGCUAACUGCAUUCAGAGUUUAUGUUGCUUUUUAAUAAAUCCUUAACUGAU